GAAGCGACACAAGCAAGAGUCCUUAUUUGUUCGCUCUCUUAUCCCUUUCAGCCAUGUGGUUAUAUGGAUUCCUCAUACAUGGCGUAUCGCCUUUAUGCUCUAAUUGGGAUUGUUUACGGUCUCCAGGGAAAUAUAAGAAUGACUGCUUUGACACCUUUGAUCAUCAGCUCCCAACCGUAUAUCCUGCAACAGCAGCGAUUCUAUCACCGCCUACCAGUUAGACUCACUUCACUCAUAGCCGAGCUUUGAUUCGAAGACCAUCGAUUACGAACCCUCUAGACCUCAUUGCCCGAGCCACUCUAUAACUAUUCCGCCCUCGUUCUAAUCACCGGUUAUUUGGGUUAUAUAGCCAUGUUUCAAGUCGCAGCACGCCCAACUCCUCCUCACCUCGCGUCCAAUAUGGAGACAUACACGCCCUAUCCUACUCAGGUUCCAGUAAACCUGCAACUUCCACGCACGCUUCAGAGACCUACUUUCUCUGAGGUGUCUCGCGACUUCGUCGUACAGCUCGCACCUGAGCUACAGGAGGUCCCUUUCGAAUACAUCAGAAAGCACUUGGCUGGCCAAGCUAAUGAAAUGCUCGCAGCUCUGUCUCUUAUGAGUGUCCCGAGCUCUUUGCCCAAGUCUCGUCUAGCAUCGAACUUGGAUGUGCCUUUGAGGCCUGCCAACCCCAUGCCCAGCUCUACGGCAUUCCCAACUCAUAUUCUCGCCAUCUCAUCAUCAAAAUCGUCGCCUUCGUCACCUACCACUCCUACAGUCGCUUCUUUCGCAGCACAAGCGGUUUCUGCAGGGUCCGCGACGGUCCCGCUCUAUCCCGCCCACGCUCUUGUGCUUGCAGCGCACUGUACACUCCUCCCCCCUCUUCCUCGUUCGCGACCCUCAAAUAGGGCGACCUCAGUCACUCUGCCAGUAGUGCCGUUGACAGUUCCGAGCGCUGAGACAUUCCCUCUCCUUCACGCUUAUCUUCACACCAAGCGCCCUGACAACCUCCUUGCCGCUCUUCUGCCUUCACUCGCUGCAUCGUUCCCAUCGGCCACGUCGAACAGAGCCAGCUCUUCCUCCGGCGGAUCUGUUUAUGUGUCACAGUUCACUUCAGAACGCCUUUCCCGCCUUGCCAAUUCCUUGGCUUCCACGGCUUACCACCAGUCAGGGCCUCAAGGCGCCUUGUCGGGUUUGAUGGCUCACGCUAAGGUCGUAAACGCGCUUUGGAGAAACGUGUGUGCGCUUGGUGUGUUCGACCCUGAAUUAUGGGGAGUAAUGGAUCUUGCUUGGGAGAUCAUUCUCGCGGCUUUGACGCAGGUUGCUCAGCGAAGUGGUUGAGAGGACUCCCUGCAAGGCGACGUUGAUCGUCGCAAUUUCGGUCUUUUCCGUUUUCUGUGUGCGUAUUGGGAACUAUUCAUAUUCAGUCCAUUUAAAAGUCCUACUCCUAGUAGUAAUAAAGGCGCAAUGCGACGCCACAUCAUACCCCUACUCUGUAUUUUUUCCCUCACCAUUCGAACCUAACUGUAGCCAGUACUUGUUUCUCUGUUGAUACCUGCCUGCUAUCAUGUUAAUAUUGUUCUAAUAAUACAUCGUUUCUCAGGUUUACUGCUCAAGUUCACCGCUCCUGCGUGUUUCAUGAG